UCUUGAGAUUGAAUCCUUUGUAUAUUGCUAGUUUUAAUGUUGUAGAUUUUAAAAAAAACAUGAGAAGAAUCAAAUAAUUCUAUAAAACGUAUGCUAAUUAUUUAUUUUCUAGCCGUAGUUUUUCUCUAUAUAUGGUGUGUCACAGUGACAAACAGAUAACAUAGAACUUCGCACAAAUCUGCGAAGUUGUCAUACCGCAUGAGCACAACGAAAUAAAAAUGAGAAAUAUAAUCAAAAUGACGCAGCAAUAAUGAUCAAUAAAAGAAAACUAAACUUUGGGAAUACAGUUCGAAAAGAGACAGCGGAAAGGUGUGGAUGAAGCGAUGCUGGUAUUCAAGAUCAAGAGGAAAAUAGAGAGCGAAUACAUUUGCUUCAUUGUUAGAGAUUUUGAGCUAGGGUGUAUUAACGAAUUCAUUGCUAGUAUAAUAAAUUAAUUUUUGAGCGAUGUAUAUUGACUAUGAAAAUCAUUAACCUGGUUGGAAAGCAUUCUAUUAUAUAUACGCAUGUUAGAUGGUAGUUGUUAGGCUAAUCAGGAUCUUACCAGGAAUACUGUCUAGUAAUGUAAGUUUAUUAAUAAGUUUUCUGAUAUAUAUUUCUUUGAAAGAAAAAUAACUUGCUCUAGUUUUGAAGCAAUGUAUUUUUGUUUGUGUACACCAUUAUCGUAUUUAAUCAUAUUAAUAAAUAUAAUUUAUCGGACUUUCAAAAAAUGAUGUUUGUUUGUUUUCCAUAUACAUUAAAUAGACAUGAUUGUACAUUUUUAAAAACAAGAUAGGAACAAUAUUCAAUACUUAUUUUGAAUGAUAGUUUAUCAGCAUAGAGUUUUGUGGAGACUGUAGAAUGCUUAUGGAUUGCAUUAAUUCCUGGAGUUCCUGUGAGAAGCAGUGACCAGUGAGGUCCCGUUAUGUCGGAUAUGAGGUGGUUAUUCACCACGGGGAGUGGAAUAAGUUUUUUUAGUAUCGUGAGCUAAUUGGAUUUCGACAUGUACACCAUUAAACAUUGCCCCGGCAGUCUAGAUAUUACGUAUUCAUGCACGAGAACGAAGAUCCAUGGUUAGAUUUCCUGUACCAGGGUUGUAAGUCUGGACUGCCGAGGAGUUCCAUUCCAGGAUCGUAACAGUUCAAUUGUGUUACGCAGAUAGUAUUUCUCUUUAUCAGUCAUUGUUUUUGAUUUACACAAACCAUGUAAUAUGCCUAUAUUUUCUGUGUGUGUCUGUCUAUCUACCUUGGAUUAAUUUGUUGUUUGUCACUUUUCUCUCGAUCAUUGACUCCUCAAUCGGACCAUCAACUAUACACUAUAAGUACUUUCUAAUAAUAAAUUGCAUAUAUCCAAUAAAAAAGUGGAGUAUGUCACGGCUUACCAUUAUUGACGAUUGUUAUAUUGUUUAUAUUUUAAGGGGCAGAGUGAAUGGAUUUGUGAUUUUUUUCUUCGUAAACAGUCGUUUAUUCCUCAUUUAUAAUGUUUUAUUCGUCAAAAGUUUUGUCAUUAACUCCAUCCUACCGAACGAAAUUGGAACAAUUUCGACGUAUUUUUCGUGAUACUCCUGUUGAUACUGAACGACUACUUGUAGAUUAUUCAUGUGCUUUAUCUAAGAAUAAUAAUGGUCUAUUACUGCAAGGUCGAAUGUACAUUACUGAAACAUGGGUGUGCUUUUACUCAAAAAUUCUAUACGAACAGAAAAUAUUUUUGGCCGUCAAUGAGAUCGUUGCAAUUACCAAAGAGAAAACCGCUCGUGUUAUACCAAAUGCAAUCCAAAUUUUAUAUUCUAAAAAUCAUGAACGAUUUUUCUUCACAUCAUUCGCUUCCAGAGAACGAUCUUAUGCAAUAUUACGCAAAGUUUGGGAAAAUUGUCGUAAUCAUCAGACACUUGUACAAAUAAAUCAGACAAUGAGUAUUGAUGAAAUAUUACAACAAAUACGUGAUAUGUAUGGUGAUUAUAGUUUAGCUAUGGUUGAAGAUGAAGAAGAUACAGAUGGUGAUGCUGAAUUAGUGCCGACUACUUUUCCUCAUAUGCCGCGAACUUUAUCCGAUUCAUCUCUGUCUUCACAACUCACUGGUCGAUCGAAGUCGGCUUCACUUGAAGAUGUGUGCCAUUCGGAUCAACCAGUUAAUCUCGAUCGCUCUUCUAAAUGUUCCGUACUAGGAACUACGGAUGAUGAAUUAAAAGUUGUAUCCGAUGCUGAUAUUCCUUUUAAACGUGUUCCAUCCUUUUCAGAUCCGAGUCACUUCAGUACAAUUGAGGAUGAACCACAGUCUCAACAACUAAACACUAUCAAACGUUGUCCGACCCCUGAAGUUAAAUGUCAUUUAACAUCAGGAACUACACCUAAUGAAGUUAUAGAAAAGAAACGUACGCGAAAAAAGCGUCUCGGAUCUCACCAUCAUGAUGAAGUAUCUAGUUCAAAACUAAUUCAACUUAAUUACUUGAGUACUCAGGACCCGUCACUUCCAGAUACAUCUGUAGUAAGUUCUGUGGAACCUCCUAUCACAUGUGGUCCAGGUCACGAUCACCCAGGUAGAGUGUAUACAAACACUGACAUUCCAUUGAAUGUCAACGCCUUAUUUCAAUGUAUUUUCACGGAUUCGGAAUUCUUCUCGCGAUUCAGUGAACAUCGUGGUACAUUUGGAAUGAUUCAAUCUCCAUGGCCAAUAUUCAAGUGGUCUAGUCCCUCAGAAUGUUUAAAUCAGUUAGAAACUUCUAGUAAAAUUGAAAGAACUAUUACCUAUACACUAACAUUAAAACAGAAACUCGGCCCAAGAACAUGCACGGCAGUAGAACAACAGACUCUUCUCUCAAGUGAAUCCAUAUCUGGGAAAAGAUAUAUCAUUGAUGCUAAAGUUACAAAUCAUGCUGUACCAUUAAGUAAUUGUUUCUAUGUAGUUAGUCGUUAUUGUUUAUUAUAUGUAAAUCGUACAACUAGCCGACUACACGUUAGUUCACAAGUUAUUUAUGAGAAACCAGUGUUUUUUGGAGCAAAAAGUAUCAUAGAAAACACUUGUCAUUCUGGUCUUUCGGAUUUCUUUGAUACAAUAACUAUUAAAUUAAAAGAAUUCUCUACAAAUUUAUCCUUAGAAGAACGUCUAACCGGUGGUUGGUUAGCACAACAGAGAGGAUGCUUAAACAAUAUUACUCCUUCGUUAAAUCCAUCAAAUAUUCAAAAUAAUCCACUAUUAAUUCAAAGUGUUAAUGGGAGUGUAAACAGUAGUAAAGUCCCUGCAUCACGGUAUUCUGAUCAAGCGAAAUCAUCUAUAUUCAACAACUGUAUAAAUGAUAAUACAAAUGUUAAAAAACAAAAUAAAACUACACUAUUCGGGUCUGGUGAUAUGACUUACUUAUUUAUGCGUCCAGAUCGUGCUUGGUUAUUACUAGUUGUUAUAGGUUUAUUACUUUGCUUAUUCUUAUCAAUGGUAUAUAAUCGGCUAGUAGUUUUAGAAAAACUAGCAGAACAAUUUCCUCCUCUAUCAGCUCAUGAUCGGAAUCAUUUUCAUGUCUGUUUGGAACAUCACCACAAGAAGAUCGAGGAUCUAUACCAAUUUACAAGGAUCAUUUAGCUUCAAAAUCACCUGAAUGGGCAAGAACACGAUUAAAAGUGAUGAAAGAUCUCAUACACCUGUUAUCUAAAACACUUAUACAGAUGCAACAGACAUUAACUCAAGUACAACAGGGUAUAGAACUUCUAGAAUUCCCACCAUCUAACUUGGAGGAUAAUAUCAAAACAAGUAUGAAUGUGAAGACUCCGACAAAUACAGAUACGAAUUGUCCAGAUACUCAAACUAAACAUGUACCUUAAUGAUUAUCAUCACCAGGCAAUUUGAAUGUAUCUUUUAUUUUUUUUACUUAUAAGCUAACUAACUAGUCAGUACUAUGUUUAUUAAUUGCUGAAUGUAAGAUAAUCAGUCAAUACUUCAGUUGAUUUAUCAUACAAUUACCAGAAAAUAUUGAUGUUUUUUUUUAACUUUUUGGAACUGUGAUAAUUUACGUUGUUUACAUGUUAAUAGUGGUUAACCUACUGUAUUGUUUUGCAUUAUUCGCUAUUGGUCUUUUUUUCAUUCCAGUGAGCGAAUUCUUUUCUAUGUAAGGGUAUAUUAUAUUCUUUAUCAGAAAAUGGACACACACUAAUAUUACUUAACAUUUUGUUCAAUUUGCC